CUGUUACGUACCUUACCUUCAAACGAGAGGCCAGAAUUGAACCGCCAUCAGCGACGAACUCCAUUUCCUGCAAUGGCGGUGAUUUCUUCAUUCCAACCCAAUCUCUGUUCGUGUUCCUCCUCCGAAAUCUGCGCAGUCGGUUGGAAGCCAAGCUCAUGUUCUCUCCUUUUCCUGCGCCGGAUCUGCACAUCUCCCCGGAGACGCCGGAAGGGCAGCAAUGGCGUGGUUCGAGGUUAUAUGGAAGAUUCCAACUCCAUUUCCGGACUCGCGAGUAAGAUAAUCGGUUCGCUUCCGGUGGUUGGACUAGUGGCGAGGAUUUUCAGCGACGAAGGAGGCGUCGGAGGAGAUAUUAUUGAUUUUGCAGAGUUCAGAAGGAGAGUGGGGAAGCGGUGCUCCGUGAAUGAUUCCAUGGCUUUUUUCGAGUUUCAGGAUCGACGCGGCAAGGCCGGAGAUCCUCUGUAUGUGCUGCUUUGCUGUUGGCUAGCCGCCGUCGGCGCUGGUCUGCUGAAAUCUGAAGAAAUUCUCGAAGGAGUUGCAAGGCUUCGAAUCUCCGACGACAUUGAAUUCGAGGAGGAAACAUUCGUCGCUAUGAUGAACGAAUCGCGAGAGAGGCGAGCAAAACUGAGAUCUCCGGCGCCAAACAUUCCGAUGGAAAUCCGAGCAGAGAAAGCUCUGGAAGCAAUCCACGUGUGCUGCUUCGGUAGAGAUCUGAUAGAAGAAGAGGACGAGAAACUAAUAGCCACCAUUCUCUGCGCUGUGUUCCCGAGCGUGGGAAGGAAGGAGAUGGACAGGAUGGUGAAGGAGAAGGCAAAAAGAGUUGCAGAUGGAAGUGAUAAUGUGAAGAUUCCCGACGGCAAACCUCUCCCCAAAGAAGCAGUUGAUCUGCAAAUGAAGGACUUGGAAUUUCUCAAGAAAGGUGGCGAUUUCAACCGAUGAUCGAAUCAAAACCUCAAAACCACGGCAUGUAUCAAAAAUUUAUAUCAAUUCAAAUGAACACAGGUAUGUAUAAUUUCAACAAUCAUGUUAUAGCAAAAGCUGGUUUUGCAAACAUUUGAUCGCAUAUAUAUAUAAUAUUAUGAACAUACAUACCA